AUGCCACAAGAUUCAAGCGAUGGAUACGAACGUCUUGCUGACAUUACAGAAGCAGCAAAGAAUGAAGGUUCAGAAUUGAAGCAUGUGAUUCGUGACGUCAUCAGACACUAUUCUGAUUUAAGUUCUGAUUUGCAUGAUUAUUAUGAAAAGAACUUGAAGAAAUGUCCUGAAGUUGUAGAUCAGACAGUCAAUGACUUGUAUAAUUCAGCGCAAAAUUUCAAAGAUAAUCUGAAUAUAUUUGUUGAUUCGAUGAUGGAUUUAUCUCCACCCGAGAAGAUUUCUGGCUUCAAUAUCUCAAAGAUCUUCGCAAAUUCAAUUUUUCUUCUUCUCAUAUCUUCCAUGUCUCUGUUUAUCGGAUCUUACAUCACUGCUCCAGUAUUCGGAGUAAUCUUCUUGAAUCUCGGUGCAGUCCUGGUUGCAACUAUCGCGAUUCCAGUGACCGCAAGUUAUGUUUAUCAUAAUCUCAAAGUGAGAUCAUUGGCAGAAAAACGGAUUGCAUGUGCUGGGUUCAUCUUUAUUCAGUCGGUUCUCAUUGGUUUUAUCAAUCAAAAUGAUUGGUUAGAAUCUUCUCCGUAUGCUGUACUGACUCAGAUUAUCUCCUCAUUCGUCUAUCCACUUGCAUUGGCACAUACAGACAACAGAAAGAAAAUUCUUGGUUUUGUUGCUGGAUCAAUUCUUUUAUUCAACGUGUCACAUGGUUUUCUUGCUUCUGGAAUGGACGGAACAUUCUUGACAAUUUCUAUUUUGUACACUCUUCUAUCCAUUUCACUCAUUCAAUACUCAAUUGCUUUCCGCUGUCUGACUGAUUUCGAUAUGAUGCAUUCGUCAAUGCAGUACGUGUUAUUGAUUUCAGUAUCCAAAAUGUUUGUAUUGAUGUCUCUUGGAAAUCAUAAAUGA